CUGCUAAAUUAUGGUUGAAUUAGAUGAUCCUAGUGGUGCUUUCCAACCUUAAGGAUUUUAUGAUUCUGUGCUCUUUGCAAGAUCCAGACUGUUGCAAAAGUUUCGUUUGCAGCAGUCUCUUCUUUCCGGCAGGGCUUUGCUUUUGUGGCAAGUGUUUGCAGCUCGGUCGUGCAGCAUGCUAGAUCCUGAGGGCAGUGUGGAGCACAAGCCUUCCUCUUCCUUCCCUAAAGUUUUUCUCAUUCCUCUAGCCAUGCUCCUUGCAAUUACAGCACUCCUGCUCUUAGCGUUUUCCACCACUCAGCAGAAAGAGACUGAUUUUUACACUUUUAAAGUUGUAAAUAUCAGGGGCAAACUAGUAUCUCUGGAGAAAUACAGGGGCUCGGUGUCAUUAGUUGUCAACGUUGCAAGUGAAUGUGGGUUUACAGAUAGUCACUACAAGGCCUUACAACAGUUACAGAAAGACCUCGGCCCAUAUCAUUUCAAUGUGCUGGCAUUCCCAUGCAAUCAGUUUGGGCAGCAAGAACCAGACACCAACAAAGAAAUAGAGAGUUUUGCACGAAAGACAUACGGUGCCUCCUUUCCUAUGUUCAGCAAAGUCGCAGUCAGUGGAGCUGGUGCAAUUCCUGCUUUCAAGUACUUAAUUGAUUCUACAGGAGAAGAACCAACCUGGAACUUCUGGAAAUACUUGGUAGACCCCAAUGGGAAAGUAGUAAAGGCUUGGGACUCUACUGUCUCUGUUGAAGAAAUAAGACCUCACAUUACAGAACUUGUGAGGAAAAUCAUCCUGAAGAAAAAAGAUGAAUUAUGACUUUCAAAAAUCAUAGCAGGUCAAUUACAUCUUUACUGAGAAUUAGGAAUGGGCUCUGUCUUUCCACAUUCCAAAAGAGAGAAUAUGCAGAAGGGAAAACAUGACCAGUGGAAUUGAUAUUCACCACCUUUAGAAUGCAGAAAACAGAUAAAAUUUAAUUACUUUUUAAUUUAAAUUAGUUUUUGCUAUCCCCAAAUAUAUUCUAUUUGGCCCUUCCAAGAAAGAAGGUCGCAUCAGCACCAGUUACUGUACCUCUAGCAAAUAGGGUCAGGGUAACAAGAAUUUCCCAGUUGGGAUAUUUCUGACAUCUAAAAUUCUGUUGUCAUAUUUUGAUCACAAUCUAAAUGAAAAAAUAAAGAAUAAAAAGUGUG